UCAAUGUAUACCUUGUUCAACGUUAAAAUUUGAUUAAGACUAUCUAAACAAUUUGUUAAGAUCAAAUGAUACGAGUUUAAUAUACAAAUCUGUUAAGUGAAGACCAUAGUAUAGCAAAAAAACUAUCGCUUCAAUUCAAAUAUAUUGAUGUACUUUUUCAUUAUCUGACAAAAAUACUUGACGAAAUAAUUUAUCGAUACGAAUUAGUAGUAUAGUGUAGCAACAAGAUUCACAACUGAACUCAUACAAAUGUCAAAGUGAAAACAUUCGUGGUCACCUGAAUAUUGAUUGACUAAUACAAUACCAUUUUUUUAUAGUCAGUUUUCUAACAAAUACAUGACUGAUAUUCCGCUUAAUAAAUAUACACCAUACUACAUUAAAAUAAGAAAAUUCAUUCUUUUUCUAAAAUAACGAAUACUUUAGAGCAUCGAAAAUACGUAUACAUACAUAUCUGUGUGUAUAUCUACAAUACGAUCAAAAAAUAGCUGAAAGUACACAAAAUAAAACAAAAUACACAUGUAGUGGAAUGACCGCGAGCGAUAUAAAUUUUAAAAUGCUCCCUUAAUAUACCUUGUAGCAAAUACAAAAUAAAAGCCUGUUUGUUUUUUUACAGGUUUUAUCAACAGAUUUCAAAAAUGGCGAAUUUAUUAGAGAAUCUCUUGUUGAGAAAGGACAGACAUAUACGGUGCAAGUGACUGCAUAUGUGGCUGGUAAGUUAACCGCUAACUUUAUGUUCUCUCACUUUACCCCUCCACCAACGAUGUUACUUAUAUUGCCAGAUAGUGAAAUUACAGUACAAUCAAGAUCUUAUAAAGGUACGGUUUUACAGGAUUCAACGACAAACGCAAGGAUUCCAUUCGAAGAAAUUGAUCGAAGUACUACUGAAACUGAAUGUAUAAAUAUUAAACAAGAAAAGCUAUCAUCUGUUGUACUUGCCAUUAUUAAUGAUCCAUCAUCAUCAUCAUCAUCAUCACCACCACCAUCACCACCGCCGUCACAACCGACAAAACCUGAUAAAACUACUGCAAAUAAUCAUUUUCAAUUCUUAUAUGAAAAAUUACGAAAAGCAAUUGCCGAGAAAAGGAAAUCUUCGCCCCAUCAAUAUUAUCCUGGAAAAUUCCAUUAUCUUGGUUAUGAUUGGAACAGUGAUUGUAAUAUUAACAAUCAACACAAACGAGAGGAUGAUGACGCUCACGAUGUUAUGUGCAUUGUCGAAAACGAAUUUGCUGACUGA